CGGGCCCGGGACUGCUCGCGCCGGAAGCAAAGCCGCGCUCUGUCUCGGAGUGCGAGAGCGUGUCUGCGGGGCUCUGCCCUGCCUGGGGCGCCAGCAGAACCCUCUUCUUCUGCGGCCUUGCUGGGAAACGGACUUCAGAUUCCCAUACCAAGUGUGCCUGUGUUCCAGCCGUCCACCCCCAUCCCUGAGCGCCUGGAAGCUGUACAGCGCUACAUCAGGGAGCUUCAGUACAAUCACACUGGGACACAAUUCUUUGAGAUUAAGAAGAGCAGACCUCUGACUGGGCUGAUGGACCUGGCCAAAGAAAUGACCAAAGAGGCCCUGCCAAUAAAAUGCCUGGAAGCUGUGAUCCUGGGAAUUUACCUCACCAACAACAUGACCACACUGGACCGUUUUCCCAUCAGCUUCAAAACCCACUUCUCAGGGAACUACUUCCGACACAUCGUGCUGGGGGUGAACUUUGGCGGCCGCUAUGGGGCACUGGGCAUCAGCCGACGUGAGGAGCUGAUGUACAAAGCGCCUGUCUUCCGCACACUGAGCGAGCUCAUCUUUGACUUUGAGGAGGCCUAUCGCCGCUGCUGGCACACGCUGAAAAAGGUGAAGCUGGGCCACUGUGUGUCCCACGACCCACACAGUGUGGAGCAGAUUGAGUGGAAGCGCUCCAUCCUGGAUCUAGACAAGCUGAGCCGCGAAGACUUUCGCAAAGAGCUUGAGAGACACGCCCGUGAUAUGAGGCUGAAGAUUGGGAAAGGAACUGGACCACCAUCUCCCACCAAGGACAGAAAGAAAGAUGUCUCCUCCCCACAAAGAGGUCAGGCCAGCCCCCAUAGGCGAAACAGCCGUGGGGACCGACGGCCAUCUGGUGAGAAGAAGCCUGCCGAUUCCAAAGCCAUGCCAGACCUCAACGGGUACCAGAUCCGGGUGUGAAGAGAGCUGUGCCUUGUGUGCCUGGCUCCGUGGACUUUUUGCUGGCCACAGUUGGGACCUGGAUCCACCUGCAGUGAUUCUGACAAAUGGGACAGGGGAGUGGGAGCAAAAGAGUGCUGAUUUUCCCAGGUACUUACUAGUGGGCCAGUCCCAGAGCUGGAUCCCAUGGGUCCCAGAGGAUUCGCCUGCCUGUUUCUGGGAGAGGUGACCAUCUUAAUUCACUUAAGUAUUUUUUAAAAAAAAUGAAAAAGAAAAAAAAAAAGAAAAGGAAAAAGAUCUGUACAUUAGUGGGUGUUUGCUUCAGGAAGAAUAUUAAGUGAGUGGGGUCAGUGGACUUGCUAUCUUUGCCUUGACAGCAAGUAGAUGAAGCAUUCUUGUCAACAGUACUUCUUUCCUGUCUGCACAGAAGUCUUUAAGCCCUGCAAGCCUGCAGGGCUGCAGGAGAAGUGAUGCUCGAAUGGGAUGGCCCCUGAAUCUUGUACAAAAACUCCUGGUUUUGUCAUUAUGAACACUUUGUUUAUCAUCAUCUCUCUUGUGAGAGAUGGGUAUGAAUUUGCUCAGCCUGAUUUAUUGACCAUACAAAGUCUUCUCAUCCCGAAAAAACACAUCUAGUAUGUUUAGUCCUGCCUGUUUCAAAGCACUUAAUUGUCUCUGAGGGGGUACACAGUGGAAUGCUGGUGAACUGUUGCUGUACGACCUUUGGUGGUUGAGUGGAUCAGGAUAUGCCUAUACCACUGCUACAUGAAAACAGGCACAGAGACCUCAAUUAUUCCAGCAAUGGAGAUGGGGCAGGUGGGGGCUGGUGGAAAACCUGAACUUCUUAUCAUCUCUUCAUCAGCUUUCUCUCUAUCAACUUCUAGUGGCUGCUACUCAGAAAGCUUGUGGCAGGCACUUCAGUCACUGAGGUACGAGUUUUAAGAGUAAAUAGUUCAAGAAGGAUGUAAUAAUGUGAAAAGCUUUUACAAGCAUUUUUUCCUUUCCACAAGGCUCUUGCUCCUUCCUCCCUGUAGUGUUAGUGCCAGAGUUACAUACACCUGUUUGUGAGAAGUCUGCUGGAGGAAAUUGCAGCUGCUUUCCUGACAGCUCACCCUGGAGCCUCCUGAAAGCAGUUCCCCACCCCAGUGCCAGAGCUGUGCUUGUGUUCUGGCUCUUUGGAUAUUUAACAGCACUGCUUACACUAACCUUCCCCAAAGGGCUGGGCUGGGCCUUUCUGCCACUUGUGGCCUUGACUUCCUAUGCUUCUUUUGGAGGAGUGUUGUACAGCUGAUUAAGCGGUGUAAUGCUUGUCAGAAAUCUGGAGUGUUGUCAGACCUCUCUGUUUGAGGCCUAGGGCAUGAAAACAGUGGGAUUUCCAGAAGUUAGAACAGCAUGGAUCUAGGGGAUGCAAAAACUGGGAUUGAAAGUGGGAGUAUCCUGGAGAGAAAAAGUCUUGUUUUAUCACAGCACUGAUAAGGAGCUAAACUUUCUGAAAUACCACAUAUUUAAUUUUGUUAGAACCGGGCUUAUUCUUUCCUUCCUUUGUUAGAAACAUGAUGGAGUUUAGCUCUACUAGUUUCUUUGUUGCAGUAUUCCUGUGCCACAUCCUCAUAAUGAGCAGAUCUAUUUUGGUGGCAGAGAAGGGGUUCUUAACCCCAAACAAAUCAGCUCUUCUGCCUAGUUAAAGCAGUUAAUCCUCGAAGCACCACCCACAAGCUAUUUAACUCACGCCUUACAGGUUCCUAAUUGUACAUCCUUAACUGUGAUACAAGGUAUAUCCAUACCACUGCAUACCAUACACAUACCAUAUUGCAAGGUAUAUCCAUACUACUGCAGUCAGUCCUUCCAAUCUCUAUUUGUAGUCUGUUUUCUGCUGUGCUGAAAACAGCCAGGAGGAAAACCUGUAAGAAGGUGUCAGAACUUGCUGCUGAGCCAAGAGAAGGUUAAUCCAGAGGAGGAUGCCAGUUUCCACAGUGCAGUGCAACACCUGUCCACUCCCUUAUAUUCCAGCUACAUGCAACAAUUGAAGUCAACAGCAGCAGUGAGCCAAGCACCUGCUUGAAUGUGUCCUCUGGUCAUUUUUGUGUGGCUGUAAAUUAACAUAGUGCCUGGAUGCUAACGAGGACGUUAGCUGUAAAGGCACCACAGUUACUCAUAAAUAACAUGGGCCACUCGGAAGCCACAAACUGCCUUUGCAUAAUGUUUGCUAUGCAACGGACUGAAAGUUCAGAUGCCACUGUGAAUCAUAGGAUAAAUACAAGCAGCAGUCAGCAAGGGAAAACUGGCUGUCAGGUUUUAUUAAAGUGGGUGAAAUCCAGAACUUUUUAAAAAUUAUAAAAGAUGCCUAGAAUGCAUCUUCACCAUGACUUUGUUUAGUCGAUUGGUUAGUUAUUUCAGAGUAACUGGAGAGCUUUUGAGAGUAAUUAGUAGCUUAAUACAGAGAACAUGGAAUAACUGGACAGACCUGAGCUUUUUUAGAUGGAAAGGGGAAAUAUGGGGGUGGGAGGAAGACUUUACAACAGAUGAGACAAAUGAGGGGUCAGCUGCAAGUUAAUGAUGUUUUCUUGAGAGCAGGGCAACAGGGGCGUUCAGCAAUGUUAGAUCAUCAAGGCAGAAUGGCUUAAAACAAAAUGCUUUGUUUGACUUUGUAAUUAAGUGCUUUCCUGCAGGAUGUAACUGAGGCCAGUAGCUUAGAAAACCAAAGGAAAUGGGUAUUUAAGAUAUGAAUGACAGGUAGAGUCAAGGUCUCUUAAUCCUCAGCUGCAGCCAGAUAAGAACAUCCUCUUUCAAGAUUUAGUUGUACAAUUAUAUAUGUUAGGAAGUAUUUAAUUUAAUUCUUUGCUUGUAUCUAACAUUGAUUAACUUCUCAAGGUGGACACAGGAAAAGACAAGUGCACUCUGCUAGGGUUACUAUACUUCUACUGUGUUUCUCUGUGUUGUAGAAUUCCUGCUGUAGAAUUCCUGCUCCUACUGUUUCUGGAUCUCCAGUUUAGCAGAUGGUACAAGAAACUGGAAAAGGACCAUAGAGUUCUCCCCUUCUUGCUCUUGCUCCCCCUAUAUUUGUAACAGGAUGAAUCACUUCAAUACAAAGCUUUGUGUCCUUCCUAACAAACAAGACCACAUUCUUCCAUGACAGAGAGGAUUAAUGCAAUCUAGCUUUAUGCUGUAAGAAACCUGAGGGUACAGUGCAAGACAAACUUUAGCACUUCAACUUCUUUCCUCCCCCAUCUACUUGCUCUGGUUUCUGGCCUGUCUGCCUUUAACCAUAAGGAAAAAAGCUGGCGAUGAGAGUCUUUUUCACUUCUGCAGGCUUUAGAGCUACAGAGGAGGAAUGACAAUGUAACUCAUACUCCUUUAGUGCCUGCAGAACAAGGAAGAUGGGUCUCAAGGAGUCCUAUUAAUUUUUUAAUAUUAAAUAUUAAUAGGGUCACUCAUGUAGCUCUGUGAUGUAAAUUUCAGUGUUCAGUAGGUGUCACCUGAUGUCUGUUCUGCAGUACAAGUCCUGUGAACUCUGGAAAGGAGCCUUGUUCAUACACUAGGAAUGGAUAGACACUGCCUGAGUUGUACAUAAAGCUGAGGUGAGCUUUGAAAGACUUCAACAAAUGCUGACCUAUAACUGGCAAAACUAUUCUAAAUGUAAUGCAAACCUUGAAAUAAGAGCCCCUCUUUAUACUUUUAUGUAGGUAGACAAGUCCCUCGAUACCUGGCCAACAGGAGUUUUUUUAAUGGGCAGAUUCAUUGGUGAGCUACAGCAUCACUCUGAUAUAAGCUUUGUAUAUUAAAGAGCAGGGUUGGGUGUCCAUCAGUGUGACACACUAGCCUUUUUUUUUUUAACUGG